AUACAUCUCCACACGACACCCCUCCUCAGGCCACCCAUUCGGCUCCUUCCUUUCACAACCUUUGCGCCUUGGCAAGUUCUAGAAGCUUCCAUCCGGUAGCCUCACCCCAUCGCUCGCCAUGGGCAACGGCCUCUCCCCGUGCCUGUGCCCCGGGUCCGCGCGCGGCGAGGCGGCGCGGCUGGUGUUCUGGGGCGGGUCGGCGAGAACGGCCGGCGGCGAGCGGCGGCCCGUCACCGCCGGGGACGUCGCGGCGGAGCUCCCUGGCCAGCACCUCGUCUGCGCCGCGGACUCCUUCUUCAUCGGCCUGCCGGUCCCGGCGCUGCCGCCGGGGGAGCGGCUCGUGGCCGGGCGGACCUACUUCGUGCUCCCCGCGGCGCGCUUCUCCUGCCGCCAGGCGCUCACCGCCGCGACGCUCGCCAAGCUCUCGCCGUCCCCCGCCGCGAAGGUGCCCAUCGCCGGCGGCGCGGCGUCCCCGUUCGAGUACGUCACGGGCGCCGACGGCGCGCCGCUCAUCAGGAUCCUGCCCGAGUUCAUCGAGAAGGUGAUCACGUCGUGCGGCGGCAAGUGCGGCGCAGCGGAGCAGCUGUGCAGCACGCCGGAGCUGAGGAAGCACUACAUGCAGCUCGUGGGGGCGCGGGCGGAGCGGCCGUGGUCGCCGGUGCUCGAGACCAUUUCGGAGGCCGAGAAGAGGAGGAGGAUGCCGUCGCCGGUGAGGCUGAUCGAGCUGGCCAGCAAGGCUUCUUCAAGAUAGGAGAUAGGAGAUAGGAGAUAGGAGAUAGGAGGAUAUAGGAGAUGGAUUCCAAGAUAGAUUGGGGAUAGAAUUUAACCCUCUUUGUGUCUUCUGAAUUCUGAUACGGAAGGGAGAGGAUGCAAUGUGCAUAGAUUCAAAAAAGCGAGAUAUGAGUAGGUGGAUUUGAAUUAGUUUUAGUUCAUUAAUUUUCUCUCCGGAGUCCGGGACAACAGAAGAUUAGUGGAACGGAUGCAAAUGAACGAAUUAAUGAAAUUGCAUGUCAUCCAAUCCAUGUU